AGUCAGUUAAGUCCGCGUUUGGAUAAGUCCUUUUGCUAUUUGAAAUUAUGGCAAAAUGGUCAGAUAAUCAUGAAGGAGAUUAGUAGGUUAAGUGAAGCACAAGGUUACGGCAUUACAACCCUUUACAAAACCUUUGAUCUUCGAUUUAUUUAAUCGCCUGUGAUUCCGAUGCCCACAGCUCGAAUCCAGUGAGAAGCUUUUGCCUCCUCGACGGAUCCUCCGUUCAACUGCUCAUUCACCCCCUCUUCACUCUAACCGACGACUCAGCAAAUUGGUCUACUGAUGAGGAUGCCACGUAUUUUAACAUUUCUGGAUUCCAUAUACAGUUCUUUGAUUUGGGGGUAAACCUUUGGACAGAUUGGGGAUUGCCUAUAAAAGACGCAACAUACUUCAAUGAGGCAACGACGAACAGAUGAAAUAGUUUACUUUGGAUCGCACAACAACAAUAUUAAAGCUGCUUGUUGAUGGCACUACGCAACGGGAGGACUUGGAUAGGACAGGUCUUACGCAGAGUCUGUCGGCUACAGGGCUCCUGGUCCCGGCGAUCGAGUAGUCUGUUGUGUCUCUCUGCAAACCAGGAGCAGGAUUUGGGGACCUGUUACAGGGAUCAUAGCAGUAUCCACUGCUCAAGCGUCCACCGCACCCAUUGUCACCAACACGCACCAUUCUGUCACUCCUCUUCAAACCGCUGCCAACGCUUUCCUGACUGCUGCGCCUUCCCGGGGGAUCCGAGGGGACAUGAGCCCCUCAGUCGCCGGUUCCUGGUGGCCAUGAAGCGGCAGAACGUGCGGACCUUGUCCCUGAUUAUCUGCACGUUCACUUACCUCCUAGUCGGGGCCGCGGUGUUCGAUGCCCUGGAAUCAGAUUUCGAAAUGCGGGAGAAGGAGCAGUUGGAGAUCGAGGAGAAGCGUCUCCAAGGGAAAUACAACAUCAGCGAUGAUGACUAUAAAAAACUGGAGACCAUUAUUCUGGAGGCCGAGCCCCACAGAGCCGGGGUUCAAUGGAAAUUUGCGGGAUCCUUUUACUUCGCUAUCACAGUCAUAACCACCAUAGGUUACGGCCACGCUGCACCGGGGACCGAUGCAGGGAAGGCCUUCUGCAUGUUCUACGCCGUCCUGGGCAUCCCGCUGACCCUGGUCAUGUUCCAGAGCCUGGGCGAGAGGAUGAACACUUUUGUAAAGUACCUCCUGAAGCGCAUCAAGAAGUGCUGCGGCAUGCGCAUCACCGACGUCUCCAUGGAAAACAUGGUGACCGUGGGCUUCUUCUCCUGCAUCGGCACCCUGUGCAUCGGGGCGGCCGCGUUCUCCCACUACGAGGACUGGAGCUUCUUUCAGUCCUACUACUACUGCUUCAUCACAUUAACUACCAUAGGCUUUGGGGACUUUGUGGCCCUGCAGAAGAACCGGGCCCUGCAGAGAAAGCCCCUGUACGUGGCCUUCAGCUUCAUGUACAUUCUGGUGGGCCUGACAGUGAUCGGGGCCUUCCUCAACUUGGUGGUGCUGCGCUUCCUGACCAUGAACAGUGAGGACGAGCGGCGGGACGCGGAGGAGCGGGCCUCGUUGGCGGGCAACAGGAACAGCAUGAUCAUCCACGUCCAGGAGGAGUCGCUGCAGCGCGGCCGGCGGCGGAGAGAGCAGCAGCAGUACCGGUCAGAGGUGACCGACCUGCAGUCCGUGUGCUCCUGCAUGCACUACCAUUCACAUGAGUUCGGCAGCUCCAGGGGAGGAGGGGCACUGGGGGGAAUGGGCGGAGACUUCUCCCACCAGAACUCGUUCAUCUCCCAGCUGAACCCCCAUCAGUACUUUCAUUCGGUCUCCUAUAGGAUCGAGGAGAUCUCUCCCAGCACCUUGAAAAACAGCUUCUUCCCUUCACCAAUCAGCUCUGUGUCACCAGGCAUCCACAGCUUCACGGACAAUCACCGACUCAUGAAGAGAAGGAAAUCUAUCUGAAUCAGUAGAAAAGAAAGCGUUAUUUUUUUUAUACAGCAAGUCAAAUGCAUCUCUAUUGCUGCGCCUAACCAAAUCUAAUUUUUUAGCAGUUUUCCUUAUCGGUUGAUACAAAAAUAAGUCAUAUACAAAGGAUUAACAGGGAGGAGGCCAAGAGCAUUUGACACAACACCAAACUUGGACAAGAAUCAUGUUAUCUUGUGGGGGACUCAAAGCAUGAUGCAUGGAUAUUUAUUUUUUCAGCAAACAGGCCCAUUUAAGAAAUACAAAACAAAAACCACCAGGACAUAAAAUCCUUCCUUAUUGCGGACUUACACAAAUGAUGAUGCACACUGAACAUUUUGGGGAUAUUUUUCAAGGGAUAUGCCUGUUUCACCUUAACUUGAAAUGAUUGCAAUUAUGUAAUAUUCCAUUGCCUCACUGCAGACAAAGAAUUUGAAAUGACCUAAAAGCAUCAGGUAUCAUUUUCUAUAAGCAAUCAUAUCUUGGAAAAUAACUGAUCACAAAACGUCAUGCCUAAAUAUUGUUGCUAAAAUUAGCAUGUGCAUUUGUGUGCCAUGGUUACUUUGUCAUCAUUAGUAAUUAUUUUUCGAAGUAAAUUUCCAAAUAUUGUGUAUGUCUUUUGAAUUUGAGAUUGUGUAAAAUGAGGACAGGAAAUGUGGUCAGAGAGGUAAUCUAGUUUGGGAAGAAUUGAUAAGUGCAUGUAGUAUGGAUAUACAUAUUGAAAUGCAUCUUGACAAAUGAGGAAAAUAUCAUCCUGGGAUUAAAUUACAUUGAAUAGUUUUGAUAGCAAGUAAUCUCAAGAAUUAUUUAAAAAACAUAACAUUGUGCCACACCGAAAGUGAUUCCAGCAUUUGUUGUGCAAGCUGUGUUUAUAUGCUUUACACGUUUGUUUGGUUGUAAAAUAGUCUUUUCUCUCAGGUUUGAAUGAAAAGCCUUUCUGGUUUCCUCCCAAAAUCGAAUUACUUAAAGAAUACCAGAAAUGCGAAUACAUCUGCCAAACUAAACAUGAUACAUAUCAAUUUUUAUUUUUAAGUAGUUCUCAUUUUCCAAGAGAAGGUCCUUAAGAUGCAUCAUCUUACUACAAGAAGUUGUAGAAACUUGUUCAGUUUGGCUGUUUGGUCUCAGAGUACAUGAAGGUAUGAUACAAAGCAGUUCUACAAUAAGGAAGCCAUCAAAGACCAAUGACAAUAAAGCAUGUUUUUGUGGGUGACAGGCUAGUGUGCAACAUGAAACAAUAGUUUAGAUACCGGUCUCCAGCAAGUAGAGUAUACAUUUUGCCCCAUGAUAGGGUGAAUACAAUAAUAAUUAUGUCAUUCAUUUUUUAAACAAUGUUUUCUUCGUGAGUGAGCAAUGGGUUACUGGUUACCAUUUCAUCAAGCAAAAUACAAAAUGAUUCCACCAAUAAUUUCUCAUCACCUCUUAUAAUACAGUUACUAAAGUGGUUGUAUUUCUUAGUUACAGUACAUAUCAGAGAAACAGAACAAUCCAAUGGAUCCAAGACUGCAAGUAAACAUCCCAUCAUAAUCAAUGUCACACUUUUCUGUUUUAGUCCCUGCAGCCAUGUCACAGCAUCAAUGGAAAAUAUGUAAAUUGUGUAAAUACUUAUAUAAAUUGAUAUGAAUAUAUUGUACAGUAUAUUCAUAAAAUCCUUUGGAAUAAA